CAGUCUACAGUCUCCCUGUACAACCGCCGAAAUGACACCGGCAGCUACAUCACCACCCCCUGACACUCCCGAAUCUACUCUCGAAACUAUUCCCUCCGAUAUCACUACCGCCGCCCAACGCGCCGAACCUCCCCAGAUCCCCGCGCACCGCUCUCACGACCCCUCCAACAACCUCAAACGCACCGACCCCUUCCAAUUCGGCUCCCGCUACCUAGAACAAGGCGACAACGUCUUUGAAUUCAAUGCCUGGGACCACGUCGAGCCGGAUGACGAAUAUAAAGCCUUCGCCGAAGUCCAAUACUCCAAACAGCGCGAAUCCCCCGUUUCCGACUUCGACCGCUGGCGCUUCAACGCAGACCCGGCCAAAUGGUGGAAUCUGUUCUACAAGAACAACACGGCGAAUUUCUUCAAAGAUCGUAAGUGGUUGAGGCAGGAGUUUCCGGUUCUCGCCGAGGUAACGAGGGCGGAUGCGGGAGGGAAGGUUGUGUUGGAGGUUGGGGCUGGGGCGGGGAAUACGGCGUUUCCGUUGGUGGUGAAUAAUGAGAAUGAGAGUUUAAAGGUUCAUGCGUGUGAUUUUUCGAAGACGGCAGUCCAGGUUAUGAGGGAGAGUGAGCAUUAUAAUCCCAAGCAUAUCACGGCGGACGUGUGGGAUGUGGCUGCUGUGAAGACGGAGGAGAGUGAUUCGCUGCCUCCGGGGUUGGCAGAUGAGUCAGUGGAUGUUGUCGUGUUGAUCUUCAUCUUCUCGGCCCUUAAUCCCAAUCAGUGGGAUCAGGCCAUGCGCAACAUCCACCGUGUGUUGAAGCCUGGUGGUCAGGUUCUGUUCCGUGACUACGGUCGGGGAGACCUUGCGCAGGUGCGGUUCAAAAAGGGCCGGUAUCUGGCAGACAACUUCUACGUCCGCGGAGACGGCACACGGGUGUACUUUUUCGAAAAGUCCGAAUUGGAGUACAUAUGGAGUGAAUGGACACCAGAGAAGGGCAUUCCCUUUGUCGACCAAAGCGAAUACGAAGUCACUAAGCCAGGAACCGAGCCUGGAACCUCACAAGAAGAUUCAAGAAGCGAGAAUCAGUCUGAUGAGAAGCAAGAGAACGCCAAACCCUCUCAGCCGAUCUGCACUGGCCAAAAUGAUGGCCUUUUCGAGAUCCUCAACCUGGGUGUUGACCGUCGUCUGAUUGUCAACCGAAACCGCAAACUCAAGAUGUAUCGUUGCUGGAUGCAGGGUCAUUUCAAAAAGCGUGAAGCGGCCAUUGAGGACAAGAAGGAGGACUCGUGAUUUCAUUAUAGAAGCUUAUUCAAAAGCAUAUACCAUUUUGAUACCCAAAGACCAUAUUUGGCAAUGUCAAGGCACCAAUGCGCGCCGGCUAUUGAAGACUAGCGUGGGCACCCGAUUCAAGCCGUUACCCAGUCUUUGUACUCGCCAUUAUGGAUACAUUGGCGCCAUAACGAACUGGGUUCGAUGCGCAUGCCAAACUUGCGAGUUGCAGAGGCCGUCAGUACAUGAGAAUAGAAUAGACCAUUGCUUCAAAACUACGCUAGAUGCCAGGAAGACUAUCAUGUUAU